AUGACGAACCCAACCCGCACCCAAGUCCCCCAACAUGUUACCGCAUUGCUCUCCCACCUCACCUCCCGACCAGGCGUGCAAUCGACCCUGAUCCUCUCCCGCAAAGACGGCUCCAUCAUCCAAAGCACAGGACAACUCGCCCAGCCCCAAGAUACCAACGACACAAACACCCAGCCCUCCGACUCAUCCCCUGCCUCGCCCGCCCUCGCUCAGCCCUACCAGCCCUCCCAAGCCGAGACCCUCGCAGCCCACAUCUUCGCGUUCGUCUCGAGUGCGUCGGCGCUGGGUAUUUCUCUGUCACGACCGGUGGUCACGCAGAAUGGAAGCCAUUGGGACGAGGCGUAUGAGGGGAAUGAGGGGCAGGACCGUGACGACGACGAUCGCGACGAGGAUGGCGAGGUGAAGCUGCUGAGGAUGCGGACGAAGAAGCAUGAGAUUGUGGUUGUCCCGGACCGGAAAUAUCUGCUAUGUGUGGUGCAUGAUGCUACUCCUGGGCCUGGAGCGACGGGGUCGCGUCGCUGA